AACAACCCAGCCUUUCGGUUUCUCCUUCAGGCUGGGUUGGGAGGUGGGCCCAAAGCUCACUAAGGGCCCUGGUCUGGGGUUUCCCUGGAAGCUCCUGGUAACAAACAGCCCCUCCCCUUCUGGGUGCUGGUAUCCAUGGCAACACUCUAGAGCCUUUCUUUCCCUAGGCCCGCUUGGAUUUCAGGCCUCAGGUGAGUGUUUGGGGUAAGGCCCUGGGCCUGGGGGCAUCACAGGCAAAGGACCAGUCCCUUUGGGGACUCCUGCUCUAGGUUGAGAGACAGGACCUCAGGUCCUAGAAGGCACGGGUGAUGGGGGAUGACAACAGGAAAUGUCCACGCAGGUGACAUGUUGCCUGGGGGUGCAGCUGCCUUGUCCCGGUCAGAAAUACACAGAUGUGGGCACACGUGUGACCAGCAGUCUAGUGUCCUGUGGGCUCCCCUAGCAACACCGAGAAUGGCGCCCGAGUCUUGCCGAGAGGAUCAAGAAGCCGAGAAAAAGGCUCCCUUAACCCAGGUGGACCAAGAGCUGGUCAGCGCCCACCUGGAGCCUCCCGUGGGCGCACCUCCGGAGCCGGGGGGUCCCACAUGCGCACAGGACGCCAAGCCCAGCUCUACACAGGGGGUCUUCUCCGUCAACCUACAGUUGGCCCCUGAGUCUCUGGACACUCGCACCUUGCGGCUACUGUGGGGCCAACGGGAGCUGGAGAUCCAGGCUCUGCGGUGGGCCGUCCAGAACCGCCAGGAUGCCCGGCACUGCCACGUCCUGCGUGAGGUGGCUGGGCUUCCACCUGAGAGGAGUGCCCGUAAUCAGGAAAAGUUCCUGCAAAAUCAGGUCCAAAAGCUGACUGUGGACCUGAAAAAGCAGAAGGAACAGGCCCAGCUGGUGAGGGGCAGGAGGGACCAGGGAGUCGGGGAGGGGACCCAAGCUGGGGUGAGGGGCAGGGCCCAGGUAGGGGUUGGCCUUGGGGGGUCAGCAGCUGGAGAAGACCCUGCGCACCUAUGCACCCUCUGGGAGCAGGAGAAGUCCCAGCUGGAGGAACGUCUGCUGCAGACCGCGACCGCCAUGCAGCAGCUGGAGGCUGAGCUGCAGGCCUUCCAGAAGUCCUGCCUCCUGCAGCUGGCCCGCUCCUCCACCGGCAGUGUGGAGGUGGUCACUGCAGAAACCCUGAUGGACUUCAGCGACGUCUCUGAGAGUGAACAGGGCCCCUCCACUCGGGAGGGUUUCCAGCUGGAGGACGUGGACUGGAGCAGCAUUGCCCAGCGGUAUCCCAACCUCUUCAGCAACAUGGAGUCCAGCUCAGACCCAAAGCACCCACGGCCCCUGCCACCCCCAGAGACCCCACUGUUGAGCGAGUGGGGCUCGGAGCUGCGCAGACCAGGGACAGAGCAGCGUCUCAAGAGUGUCGAGUGGAGUUCCCUGCCCUUCAUGGGCACGAGCAGCUCUGGGGGCGCGGACUCCGACUCCAGCAGUGGCCAGCUGGCUGAGCAUUAUUGUGUGCAGAAGGUGACAGGACACCCCCCAUGCACGCCAAGCCAUGACAAGCUAACGGAGGCCAGCUCCAGGAGCCUCAGCAGGGAAAUGCAGACACAGUCUGGAGUGCACCUGCGGGGUGCUGUGCGUCAGUUUGGCCUCGCAGGAGAUGUCCACAGUGCGUGCGGUGUACGGGGUGCCCCUUCCAACAGGUCUUUCCCUGGAUCUCAGGAUGGCCCAGCAGGACCAGCCAGCCCAGGGUGUUCCUGCCUGAAGAUUGUGGCAGUCAGUGCCCGGGAGAGGUUUGUGCGUGUCCUCAACCAGUCGCUGGAGGAGACUGCGGACCUGGGUGGCCUCACGCUGCAGCAGCUGGAGCACGGCUUUCCUGUGUGCAUGUACCGCUUCCCGCCCCGCACGCUGCUGCCUCCGCGCCACCAUGUCACAGUUUGGGGCGAGGGGCCCCGCAGCACCAAGAAGCACCUGCCCUCAUCCUUGGGCCAGGAGCCCGUGCACUUCCACUCUAGCCGGGGCUGUGUGACUCUCCUCCUGAACCCCAAGGGCGAGGUCCUGAGCGAGCAUCAGGCCGCCCACUGCGUGUCCCCCGCCUCGAGGAUCUUCGCUGACAGCACUGAUUUGUCCAUAGACCGCUUCCCGCUCCCAGAGGCCGGGCUGGUGGCUGACACCUGCACGCAGAGGCCCGGUCCUUGGCAGCUGCGGGCAGGCAGGGUGCAGGAGGCCCCCACCAGACGGCAGAGGCCCAGGUGGGCUCCGCGGGUCCCUUGGACACCAAAUGCCUCCCCAGGUCUCGGCCUCUCCAGGCUUCGCACCCCCCCCCCGCCCCUUCCCGCAGGCGGGCUUCGGAUCUCACGAGCGCCUCGCUCCACCAGGACGCGGGGCCUCUUCCCCCAGCUGAGCGCCAGCAAGACCUUCCGCCCGGGGGUGGUGCCAGCGCCGUCCGAGGCCGCCGAGACGCCGGCGCCGGAGCUCCUGCCCGCCAUCCCCGAGGCCGGGCUGCUCCUCGAGGACUGCCAGGUUGGGAAGGAGCCCAGGGUCCGGGUGUGCUGCAAGGGCGUGGACCGGGGCUGCCCGAUGGUGGCAUUGUCGGUGCAGAGCGCGGCUGAGAGCAGAUACGGCUUCCGCUUCCUUCCCUGCCCGCCGGUCACCGCCGCCAGGAGGCCGCGGCUGUAG